GGGAGUUUUCUAUUUACAUAUUCAUGAGGUGGCGGCCAACCGCGGAGCAGGGGCUCUGCUAAUCCGGCAGGAGCAGGGCGGGGAAGGGCGCCAGCACCGCGGGCCCGUGCCCAAUGAGCGGGCUGCUAGUCAUGCAUUACUCAUGAGCCGCCGGUGGGCAGGCGCAGUUUGGGCGGGAAGAGCGGAGGAGACACUGGCUGACAGAAUUAAAAGAAGAAGGCCCCAUAUUAUCGACGAGACAUCAUGGCCACUUCUCAGCUCUUUUACUCCAUUGAAACCUACAAGGCCGCCAAGGAAACAGCUCUGUUCCCAGUUCAGAUCACCACUGAGCAUGAAUCUCUGGUGUUGGUGAAGAAGCUCCUAGCCACUUCUAUCUCGUGUAUCACAUACCUGCGGGGGCUGUUUCCAGAGAGUUCUUAUGGAACCCGCUACUUAGAUGACCUCAGUUUAAAAAUCCUUCGAGAAGAUAAGAAAUGCCCUGGAUCUCUGCAGAUUAUCAAAUGGAUUCAAGGUUGUUUUGAUGCUUUGGAAAAGAAAUAUCUUCACAUGGCAGCACUUGCAAUUUAUACAAAUCCCAAGGAGCCAGAGAAAGUCACAGAGUUAUAUCAGUUCAAAUUCCGAUACACAAAGGAAGGACCCAGAAUGGAUUUUGUCAGUACUGCUACCAGCUUUGAGAGGGUGACAACCAGCGAGGAGAUCAAGAAAGCCAGUGUCCUCCUCAUCCGCAAGUUGUACGUCUUAAUGCAGAAUCUUGGCCCUCUUCCCAAUGACAUCACACUGACCAUGAAACUCUACUACUACAAUGAGGUAACACCCAAUGAGUACCAGCCCCCUGGUUUCAAGGAAGGGGAAAGUGCCCAGAGCCUUCUGUUUGAGGGAGAUCCCGUCAGCCUGAAGUUAGGCUUCGUUUCCACCAAUUUUCACAGUAUCAAAGUGAAAAUCAUGACUGAGAGCCAGAGGAUGAUGAAUCUGGGCAGCAAUCUGCUUCAGGAGAAUAGCAUCACCGAAAUCUCCCAUCAAGGCCUCGACUGUGAUGAAGAGGAAGAGGAAGGCAGCAUUAAUCAGCUCCUGACAAAAAUGCCUGCAGUCAGCCUCUGCCACAGGAAGAGGGCGCCCUUCCCUUCCUUUUCUGUUUCUUCGACAACAUCAUUGAAAGCUGCUCAAUAUUUCCAGUCACUUCAACUGGCAGAGGGAAAAAAAAGGAGAUGAAAAGUCAGAAAAAACUCUUCCUUCUCCUGAAAGCAGCAGGCACUGGCUUUGAAUUCCUAAUUCUGAUUCUGGCUUCUGAAAACCUCAGGUACUACAGGGAAUACUGAGCCUGGCCAGAGGCCUCGGGAUGCCCACAAUAUUCUGCGGGGCUUAGGCGACCCAGCGGAAUUGGAGACAGGGCUGUAUUUAUAAAGAAAUAUUGUUUCAUUUGAAACUCGGUAGUUCUACCACAGCAUGGAAAA